CCCCCCCCCCCCCAUGGAGCUCACCCAGCCUUCAGAGGACCUCAGCCUGACCCAGCAGCCUCCCACCCCAGAAUUUGGGGAACCUGAAGACCCCAGGGAUGAGGCCCCGGAUGGCUCAGACACAGUGGUGCUCAGUCUCUUCCCCUGCACCCCAGAGCCUGGGAACCCUGAACCUGAUGCUGGCGCCUCUUCACCUCAGGGCAACUCCCUAAAGCACUCCACGACCCUCACCAACCGGCAGCGGGGGAAUGAGGUCUCGGCCCUGCCGGCCACCCUGGACUCCCUGUCCAUCCACCAGCUUGCAGCCCAGGGAGAGCUGAGCCAGCUGAAGGAGCAUCUGAGGAAAGCUUUGGGGAGAGUGGGCAGGGGUGCAGCCCAGUGGUACCAACCCCUCCUGCCAGGCGACAACCUCAUCAACAAGCCGGACGAGCGUGGCUUCACCCCCCUCAUCUGGGCCUCAGCCUUCGGAGAGAUAGAGACCGUCCGAUUCUUGCUUGAGUGGGGUGCCGACCCCCACAUCCUGGCCAAGGAGCGGGAGAGCGCCCUGUCACUGGCCAGCACAGGUGGCUACACAGACAUCGUGGGGCUGCUGCUCGAGCGUGAUGUGGACAUCAACAUUUACGACUGGAAUGGAGGGACGCCACUGCUCUAUGCCGUGCGUGGGAACCAUGUGAAGUGCGUGGAGGCCUUGCUGGCCCGAGGAGCUGAUCUCACCACUGAAGCCGACUCUGGCUACACCCCCAUGGAUCUCGCUGUGGCUCUGGGAUACCGGAAAGUGCAACAGGUGAUCGAGAACCACAUCCUCAAGCUCUUCCAGAAUAACCUGGUGCCCGACGAUCCUGAGUGAAGGCCACCCCGCCCCCCCUCCAGGGACUCAGACACUCAGGGAACAAAGCGGUCAACCCAGAGUUGGGGGGACCCAGAACUGGCUUCAAAGGCAGCUCCCGGACAGAUGGUGGGAGGGACCCUUCCCAGCAGAAAUCAAUAAACCUGUGCAGAACUUGAA